AGAGGCGUGCACAAAUCAGGUUGCUGUAAACAUAGACUUUCUCAAGUUCAGCCCCGCUUUUAAUUCUUGCUUUAGCGUGGCUGUGCGUUUUUCUCUUCAUAAAAAGAACUACUUACAGCACAGUCAAUUCCAUUGAAGGUAGUAAAAUGCUAUCAUUUUGUUUCACUCACCAUUCUACCAUUUGACCAACAUUCGUAUCCAUAACUACCGUCACUUAAUUUAAACGUGAUAUUAUCGAAGAUACUACAAAGUAACCCGCUUUCAACAAUGGUAAAGAACGGAAAGUAAGGGGGGUCAAGACUGCAUCGCAUUUGCAUAAAGCUUCGCGCCUUUAUGCGUGAGUGAGUACGCGUAUCACUCUCUUGGUAUCUGACUUGGUUCAUACUUUUAAUCUUUGAUCCCUAUUUACAGCAUUCUUCACUAUUUACAGCAUUCUUCAUUAGAAAUUAAAACUAAAAUGAGACUAGAAUAUAAGGGACUGAAGCAUUAGAGACUUCGAGCAAUAUCACUAAUGUGUCAGAAGAAUCUAGUGAAGCACUAGUUUUCACUUCUAUGCCAAAACCGAAGUCACGUCAAAAACUGUGCUAUUCAGACGAUAGCCUCUCAGAAGGAGAAGAACUUUUACAAGUUAUUGYUGCACAACCAAAAGACACAGAUUCUGGCUCUGGCUCUUCCUCUGARGUUAGUGGAGAGUUCAUAGAUUCCAUUUUUGUAAAGAAACAAAAAGUCACACAUUCAUCUUGUGUAGAGCCGGAGGGUUAUGGUGCUACAGGCGACUCAGACUCUGAGUCAGAAGUGGAAGGAGAAUUUUCCAUUAACUCGAAAAAGAAUAUAGAAGAUGUGUACACAGACACACAAAGUGAAGCAGAAUCUGACAAUGAAACUAAAGAAGUCUCUGAAGAAGUCUCUUCAAAGCCAAGGGGGAAACACAGAUCAAGAGUAUUGGUGCCUUCACAAGUUUUGCGCCAAAAGUGCUGUAGUCAAGAAUGUCUGAAAAAGCUGUCACUUGAGCAGUUGAACAAAGCUCGUGACAACUUUUGUAAAGAACACCCUACUUAUGAGCUCCAACGCAAGAUGAUUUUAAACUGGUUUGACAACAAUCAGCCUGAAAUAGGCAAGUUUGUGUAUACUAUCUCUGGAAUAUCUGUGUGUUGGUCUGCAUGGACUAUGACACUUGGUAUAACCAGACGAACAUUCUACAAUCUAAAGGCCGAUUAUUUGAAAGGGCGGAGAUCUGAAAUGCAUGGCUCGUAUGGAAGUAUUCCACACUCUGAAGAGACUGACAAAACAGUACACUUUCUCACGAAGUAUUUCGAAGAGUCGUGUGAUUAUCUUCCAAACACAUCUAGCUGGCACUUGUCUUCCUCAACAAAAAAAACGGACGUCUACAAUGACAUGUGUCGAGCUAUGUCUUCAAGAGGCAUGAGUGUUUGCUCAUACGCUACAUUCAGACAUGUAUGGGCCAAUGAAUUUCCUCAUGUCAAAAUACCUAAGGAAAACAGGUUUKGUAAAUGUGACACAUGCUCAAACGUCAACGAGAUUAUAAGAAGAGAGGGAUUUGAAAACAGUGCUGUUCAAACGAGAAAGAGUAACCACAGGAUUUUUGUCAGGGGAAUACAACAUAAUUAUCGACCCAUCUGUGCACCAGUAGUGCAACCACCUAGGAAGGUGGCACUCAGCAUGAAAGACGAAAUCAAAGAAGAAUUAGAUGAGAUGGUAAAGAAAGACAUAAUCUGCAAAAUCCAAGAAGGCGAGCCCACUGCGUGGGUCAAUAGCCUUGUGUACAGAAGGAAGUCUAACGGGAAACUCCGCUUGUGCCUGGACCCCAAGGACUUGAAUGUUACAAUCAAAAGAGAACAUCAUGUCACGUCAACUCUAGAAGAGAUUCUACCAAAGCUAAGUGGAGCUCAAGUAUUCUCAAUCGUGGAUCCAAAGUGCGGAUACUGGAAUGUUGUCCUCGACGAGGAGUCCAGCUAUCUUACAACGUUUAAUUCACCAUAUGGACGCUAUCGAUUCAAACGUAUGCCGUUUGGUCUUAAGAUGUCCCAAGAUAUUUUCCAAACUCGGAUUGACCAGACCUUUGAAGGAUGCAACGGUGUAAUCGGCAUCGCGGACGACAUUGUGGAUGGCAUCCGGCCAGACCCAAGCAAGGUAUCAGCCCUUAAACAGAUGGCACCUACAAGUAAGCAGGAAGUACAAACUUUCCUAGGCUUAGCCAAUUACAUGGGUCCUUUUAUGCCRAACUUGAGCACCUUAACAGCACCACUGCGAGAGUUAGUCACUGACAAAACACCAUUCUGCUGGAAUGCUACGUACCAAGAAGCUCUCGACAAAAUCAAAGAGUCUAUAAGUAAAGAAGUAACUCUGACUUACUUUGACCCAAAGAAACCAACAGUCCUCCAAGUGGGCGCCUCGCUUAAAGGCUUAGGCGCAGCCCUGCUACAAGACAAGAAACCUGUUGCUUUCGCAAGCAAAGCCUUGACUGAUACAGAGAAACGUUAUGCCAACAUUGAAAGAGAGAUGCUCGCCGUCGUCUAUGGUUGUGAACGGUUCCAUACCUACCUGUUUGGUCGCAGCUUUACGGUUCAUUCAGACCACAAGCCUCUAGAAAGUAUACACCUUAAGCACCUGACAGCGGCCCCAGCAAGACUUCAACGGAUGCUCCUCAGAUUACAGCCAUAUGAUCUCGUGAUAAAGUAUCAGCCUGGGAAGACAAUGGAGAUUGCAGAUGCAUUGUCAAGAUUAUCACCUGAGGAAACUGACGAAAUCAGAGGCAUGGAUGUCCAGAUACAUCAAAUAUUUCCCCAAUUCAGCAGCAACAUGAUUCAGAGAAUCCAACAGACCACAAGAGACGAUCCGGAACUUACAGUCCUGAAAGAACAGACAUACACCGGAUGGCCAUCAGACAUUAAGAGUGUUCCCAACCUCAUCAAACCAUACUGGCCAUUCAGAGAUGAAAUAACGAUAGAAGACGGGUUGCACAUGGUAUUUAAAACUACUUUCAUACUUUUUCCUUUGUUUAUUAGAAAUGAAAGAUCUUCAUAUCUUAAUCGCUCCUCGGCAGCCCACCUCCACCCAAACAGAUUCUUUUCAGUGGCAAUUGACGGGAUGGAUCAAAACAAAACAGAGCUUCCAUUCACAAUUUGGAGGCACAGUUCUUUGGAUAAAGCAUGGAGACUUAAAGUGCACAUUGUGGGUGCUGUGGUACAUGGGCGACAUCCCAUAGUAUUUUUGGACUACCAGCAACACCCACAUGACUCCAACAUGACCUGCAACAUUCUCUUGCAGGUUUUGUGGAUUCACAAGAAUCGGCUACCAUCCACACUUUAUAUUCAAUUAGAUAAUACAUGCAAGGAAAACAAGAACAUGCAUGUUUUUGCAUUUAUAGCAUAUCUAGUGGAAAUCAAAGUAUUUGACAAGAUAGAGGUCUGUUUCUUACCAGUAGGCCAUACUCACAUAGACGUGGAUCAAAUGUUCUCUCGCCUGUCGGUGGCCAUUGCGAGAAGAGGAGCGAAGACUUUCCAGGACCUCACAAAGCUUAUACGAGAGUGCUAUAGCCAGCAACAGGGUGUUGUGAAUCAACAAGGGGCGCGCCCUCAGUAUGCUAAAAUAGCACAUAUGUACGCUAUUAGGGAAUGGCUUCAGCCUUAUGCUGAAGAAAUGCACUAUCUGCGAGACAAGCAUCAUUGUGCAUUUGUCCGAAAUGAACACGGGCAUUGUAUUAUCAAACAGAAACCAUGGUGCGCCUCAACGCCACAUUGGGACGAUACACAGUGGCCACCUCUUCACGUCUUUCAGAAAGGACUUCCCGAGGGAGUUCCCGACUUAGUCAAGCCCUCUUUUGACGAAGUUGGGUUCGGAAGACUUCAAAGUAUGGUAAGCAGCUGUACUUCGAAGGGAAUUCUACGAAGUGAUGAAAAGGAGCUAUGGGAAGAUUUCCUUGAAAAAGAGAGGGCAUACGAACAGUCCUACGACGACGUUGAAGAAAUUGAAUACCAUGACAAGUACCAUAAAGAUGUGUUGGCAUACAUGAAAUGCUUCGACGAUCAGUGGCCAAUUGAUGAACUUGUUACGCGGCAAAAACCAAAUGAAGAUGAAGAGCCGCAACUCGACCAAGUCCUCGCCGAAAGUGAAGCAUAUGAGAAAGGACUGGGAAUUCUACCUGCUUAUACUGGGCGUUAUAGACCACAAAAACAAAGCCAGACGAGGGUCAUAGAAAACGAAUGUGUACAAGGUGUAAAGGUAGGGAUGCUAGUGGCUUUGGAUAUGGAAGAACACAAGGAACGGCCUCUGAUUGCAGAAGUAAAAGAGAUAUCAGAGGAGAAUGUCGUAAUUGUAUGGUACAGUGGUUCGUGGACUGGAAAAUGGACCCCAGCAAAGAGGAAACAAGGACGGCAAUGGGUAGAGUGGAUUGAUGAAGUCUCUAAGGAGCACAUAAUUUUGUUUGAUUUCACAUUAACUGGUAGUGGAAAGCUAAGAUCUCAUAGCGUGCGUCAUCUGAAACAGCAUUAUGGUAUGAGCUAGAUCUCUUUAUAGUGAAUUAGUAAGUCAUGUGUUAGUGACUAUUUCAAAUUGAAACUUAUAUUGCGCUUACAUUGCUUCCUUUUUGGCUUCUAAAGUCUAUGAAUAUAAACUCUUAUUAUUAUUUUAAAGCAUAGUACCAAUAUAUGUUUUGAAAAUGACAAAUGAUUUCUUGUAAGUGAAUGUCGUAAGUGUCGUAACUAGAACUUUUUAAACCUUGAUAUCGGCAGGUUUGAAGUGAAUCACUAAUUUGUAACUUAAAUAGAUAUGUUAAUACGUUUAAAAAGCUUAUAAAAUU